UUGCAGCCUCUCCCAUUUCUGGAUGGUGCCUGAACCUUAGUCCUUAUCUCCUCCAGCCUCUGGUCUGUUUGCAGAAGAGUAUAAAGGGGCUGACUCAGGGACAGAGUAGCAGUAGGAGCACCGAUGGACUAGGCUGGUUGGAUCUUUUACCUACUACAUCCUGUUCUGCACCAUGGGGAAAGUGGAGUCCAGCAAAUUUAGCAUCUUCAUUCUCCUCUUCCUCCUUGGAGACGCUUUGCCCACCACAGAACCGCAGUACAUGGUGCUUCUGCCCUUUCUGAUACACACUGAUUCUCCUGAGAAAAUCUGUGUUCAGCUGACUUACCUGAAUGAGUCUGUGACAUUGAAUGCUGCAAUUGAGUAUCAAGGGGAGAACAGGAGCUUGAUUGAUGAUGUGGUAUCGGAGAAGAAUUUGUUUACCUGCAUUCCUUUCACUAUUCCAAAAUCAAAAUCAAGCAGCCAGUCAACAGUCACAUUUAUUACUGUGACAGUGAAGGGGGAGACUCUGCAGUUCAGAAGCCGCAAGUCAGUGCUGGUCAAGAAUUCUGAGAGUUUGGUCUUUGUCCAGACAGACAAACCUAUCUACAAGCCUGGACAGACAGUCCUUUUCAGAAUUGUUUCUCUGGAUGAAAACUUCCAUCCCUUGAAUGAAGAGCUUCCACUGGUCUAUAUUGAGGAUCCAAAGAAAAACCGUUUGUACCAGUGGACAAAGACUGAGUUAAAGGAUGGGUUAAUCCAGCUGUCUUUCAAUCUCUCUACUGAGCCCAUUCAAGGAACUUACUCAGUGAUGGCACAGAAGGCUUCUGGGAAGACAAUCCAGCAUCCCUUCUCUGUGGAGGAGUAUGUGCUUCCAAAAUUUGAAGUAACAGUGAAAAUGCCCAAGGUUAUCACCAUUCUUGAUGAGCAGCUGACGGUGACAGUUUGUGGUCUAUACACAUUUGGCAAGCCUGUUUCUGGCCAUGUGACCUUCCGUGUCUGCAGGAAUUUUGAAUACCAAGCCACUACUUGCUUUGGUGAAGAGGCUAAGGCAGUAUGCGAUGAAUUCUCUGGACAGACGGACAACCAUGGCUGCAUUUCUAGACUGGUAAAAACCAAGUUAUUCCAGCUCAAGAGAACUGGAUAUCAGAACAAGCUCCACGUGGAUGCUAGGAUUGAAGAGGAGGAAACAGGAACUGUGUUGACUGGAACAAGCUUUUCUGAGAUCACAACUACCAUCAGCAAAAUUACCUUUGAGAAUUCAGAUUCCUACUACAAACCUGGAAUCCCCUUCUUUGGGCAGGUUAAACUUGUGGAUGGGUCUGGUGCUCCAAUUGCCAAUGAAACCGUGAGGAUUUCUUUACAAGGAGGCCAGGAAAUGAACUACACAACAAAUGAAGAGGGCAGGGCAACAUUUGCCUUGAAUACAUCCAUGUUGGACUUUGAUUCUGUUGGAAUUAGGGCAACUCAUAAAACACAUCCCUACUGCUUUGACCGUUCAUGGGUUAAUCCAAAUUAUCAAGAUUCUUAUCUCCACCUAAAGCGCUUUUACUCCCCUAGUAAGAGCUUCAUCAAAAUCGAGCCCACGUCUGAGACACUAAGCUGUGGCUCCUCAGCUGAGGUCCGGGUUCACUAUAUUCUUACACCAGAGGCUGUAAAAGAGAAGACAAUCACAUUCUACUACCUGGUGAUGGCCAAGGGAAUCAUCAAGCAAGCAGGCAGCAGCAUACUGGAUUUGGACAAGGAAAGUGUCAAUGGGGUCUUCAUACUACAUCUGCCUGUGGAAGCUGACUUAGCUCCUGUGGCCCAAGUGCUUGUCUAUACUGUUACCCCCAGCAGGGAGGUGAUUGCAGAUGCAACAAAGUUCAAAAUAGAAGAAUGUUUCAACAAUAAGGUGGGCUUGAGCUUCUCUCCUUCUGAAGGCCUGCCUUCUUCUGAUGCUCACUUACUGUUCAGAGCCUCCCCAAAAUCCCUUUGUGCUGUCCGUGCUGUAGACAGGAGCGUUCUCCUCAUGAAGCCUGAAGCUGAUCUAUCACCCAGCUCGGUGUAUAACUUGCUGCCAGUGAAGGAGUUGCAUAAUUAUCACCAUGGUACAGACAUGCUCCCAGAGGAGCCCCUAGAAGACUGUGUCCCCUUGAAGAAAAUAAUUCUGAAUGGGAUCACCUAUUCUCCAGUAGUGGAGAUUAACGAAGAUGACGCUUACAGCAUUCUAAAGGAAAUGGGUUUAAAGGUUUUCACAAAUUCCAAGGUGAAGAAACCUUGGUACUGCAGCACUAACAGUUAUGUGCCUCACGAAGCUCGCGGUGCAGGAGGUAGAGUCAUGGCUCAAGCAAUGAGGACGAGUGCCCUAGAGCCUAGUAGAGCCUAUAAAACAUUCAGAACUCCUGAAGAGGUGACAGAGACAAUCCGAAAGUAUUUCCCAGAAACAUGGAUUUGGAGUUUAGUAUCUACAAGCUCUGAGGGAAAUGCUGAACUAGAUGUGACCAUCCCUGAUACCAUCACUGAAUGGAAAGCCAGUGCAUUCUGCAUGUCCCCAGACACAGGCUUUGGCCUGUCACCAACAGUGUCCGUCAGAACAAGCCUGAAGUACAACGUGCAGCCCAAGCAGGAGAGCGCACCCUUCCUGCUGCUUGUACACACGAGCCCAGAGACAUGUGAGGAUGCCAAGGCUCAUAAGGUCUUUGACAUAGGCAUAAACGUCAGUUACACGGGUGAGCGCAACGUCUCCAACAUGGUGAUUAUCGAUGUGAAAAUGCUGUCGGGAUUCAUCCCUGUCAAGUCCUCAGUGAGGAAGCUGGCACACCACCAAGGUAUUGAGCGUACAGAGUUGAGUACCAACCAUGUCCUUGUGUAUCUGGAAAAGCCCUCAAUAUGUUUUUCCUCUGGGCCUGCAUACAGAUCAGCCUUCCUGCCCUGCCCACCAGACACGAGCUCCCCCGAGUGUGCAGAAAGGCCCCAGGGUUUCCCCCCUUGUCUCUCAGCCAGACCUGCUGAUGGACACACUCACAUGCACACAUGCCCAGAGCCGGUGCUGGCAGCAAGAGCACUGGUGGCGAGUGUUCAGUGAGGAGACAGCAGGAGA